UGCAACACUGCUCUUCUGCCUCAUUUAAACAAUACCAUGAACAAGGAAAUGCAUCCAACUCGAAUCCCUUGCCAGCUGGAGGAUGGGCCCUGCUACUUUAAUUUCAGACCAAGACUGAAAGAUCAAAGAGUGAAAGUUAAAUCUCAUGUUCAAGAUCACCUGUGGAGACAUUCCAGAUGGCAUCAGUUCCUUCAUGGUUUCGGUUGCAUGACAAUUCUCCUUCUAAUGGGAGCUGUGAUCGCACUAGGUGUUUGGGCUUGGUGGAUCAAAGAAUCCCUGAAUGACCUUGAGAAGAAGAUCCAUGUCUUCCAUGAAACAAGCAGCCAAACACCCAGCAAUGUGAGUCAGCAGAAGAUCAGGCAAGAUAACCAUCAGGCUUUGCUGCAAUAUUUGUGCAAGUCAUAUGGAAAUCACUCCACAAGUAACUUUUCAGAGAAUCCAAGAUGCAUACUCUGUCCUGAAAGCUGGCUGCUUCAUGAGCACAAAUGCUACUGGAUCUCCCAGGAAAAGCAAACGUGGAACAAGAGCCGCCAUGACUGCACAGCAAAAGUCUCAAAGCUUGCAGUGAUAAAAGAAAAAGAAGAACUGGACUUCCUACAGCAUAUUACUGAUGGGGCACAACUGCUGUGGCUUGGACUGAUUGCUGAUCCCUCUACAAGGGAAUGGUCUUGGGUAGAAGGAUCUCCAUUAAAUAAUACACUGUUGCAAGUAACCGGGGAUGCUCAGGCAAACAGCUGUGGGAUGCUUAAAGGGAACAAAAUAAUAUCAGAAGCUUGCAGUGCUGUAACCAAGUGGAUCUGUGAAACAGAAGCUCUUCUGGUGUGAACAAUCAAAUAGAAAAUAAACUG